AACGUCUUCUACGUCAACCGCUCAUUUCUGAUCCAGAACUCCACCUUCUUCGCCAUUCUUCUCGACACCUCGCCCGCCCGAUCGGUCGUAUACCUUCCCACCGGGCCAGCCCCGGCGUCAGCCGACUCGGAAAUCUUCGCUCUCUGGCUCGACACUCUCCACACCUAUACCUACCCACAUCAGACUUUGACAUGAACAAUUUCAGCCGUCUCGACCAAUGUUUCCAGUUCGCCGAUUUAGUCGGCUCGAAUCGGUUUCAGAACCAUGUCAUGGACGCGAUCCAGGGGCAGGGCACUGCGAGUGCUAGUGCUAGUGUUGUGAAUACUGGUUCUCGUUCUGGUUCUGGUUCUGGGAUGGACCUGUUCAGAGACUACGUGCUCGAAUGUGUCGCUUACCGUAUCGUCACGAGGGGCUGGGUCGAGUUCAUGCAGGAUGGUGGUGGUGGUGGUGUCGGUGGUGAUGGUGUUGGUGAUGGUGGUGAUGUUGGUGGUGGUGUCAGUGGUGGUGUUGAUGUUGAUGAUGAUGAUGGUGUUGGUGGUAGUGGUGUGCACACCGACACAAACACAGCCGUCAAAGUCAGCCUUCUGAGUGCGCUGUCGGCGAAAGUCGACCAGGUGAACGGGGAAAAGGAAAAGGAGCGCGGACUAGGACUGAUUUCACCCAGUGAGAGGCGGGAUUGUAAAUGGCAUCAACAUCACACGGAGGGAGAGAGAAGGAUGUGU